UUUUGAAUGACAGUAUAGUAUUCAUUUUGCUUAUAAGUUACAGCUUGAUUACCUAUUCCUUAUUCCAGCUCCCCCCCCCCCACCGCCUUUUGGCUAGUAUAUAUAAGAACAAUUAUAUUUUUUAGUACUAAAUUUUUUUUAAGAACAGUUUUAGAUUACAAAAUUGAAAGGAAAGUACAUCAGUUUCUCACAUGUGCAUUGCUUUCCCCAUUCUCAGCCUCGCUCACCAGAGUGCUACAUUUGUCAUAACUCUUUAACCUUCAUUGCACAUCAUAACAACUCGAAGUUCAGUUUACCUCAGGGGUCACUCUCAGUGGUGUACAUUCAGUGGUUUUGGACAAAUCUGUGAUAUAGAUCCAAAAUUGUAGUAUCAUACAAAGUAUUUUCACUGCCCCCCAAAUCUCCUUUAUUCUGUGUAGUUGCCUAUUCAUACCCUUACCCCAAGGCAGCCACUGAUUUUUUGUUGUCUCUCUAAUUUUGCCUUUUCCAGAAUGUUAUAUAAUUGGAAUUGUACAAUAUUUAGCCAUUCCAGAGUGGCUUCUUUCACUUGAUAUUUCCUCCAUGUCUUUUCAUGACUUGCUAGCUCAUUUCUUUUUGAACUUGCUGGCUGAAUAAUGUUCCAUUGAGAGGCUGUACCACAUUUUAUUUAUCCAUUCACAUACUGAAAGACAUCUUGGUUAUGCUCAAGUUUUGGCAAUUAUGAAUAAAACUGCUGUAAAUAUCUAUGUGCAGUUUUUGUGUGUUCAGGUACUGUCAAGUCCUUUGGGUAAAUGCUCAGGCGCCUGCUUGCUGGAUGUUUCUGAGAAACUGUCGAACUGUCUUCCAAAGUGGCUGUACCAUUUUUGCAUUCCCACCAGAAACGUUAACUAUUUGUAAAGUGUUUCAAGAGACAAUGAGGAAAUGGCUCAAUGCCUCAGUCAGGGAGAAUUCCUGUGACAUCUACAGUGGAGAAUUAUGUGGAGAAUGGGAAACAGAAGAGGCCAAGAAUGGAAGAGCAGGAGAGGGAAGCCAGCACCCUUUUGGAGCCAUGAAUAUUGUAAGAACUCCAUCUGUUGCUCAGAUUGGAAUUUCAGUGGAAUUAUUGGACAGCCUGGCUCAGCAGACUCCUGUAGGCAAUGCUGCUGUAUCCUCGGUUGACUCUUUCACUCAGUUCACACAAAAGAUGCUGGACAACUUCUACAAUUUCGCUUCAUCAUUUGCUGUUUCUCAGGCUCAGAUGACACCAAGUCCAUCUGAAAUGUUCAUUCCGGCAAAUGUGGUUCUGAAAUGGUAUGAAAACUUUCAAAGGCGACUAGCACAGAACCCUCUCUUUUGGAAAACAUAAUUUGAAUAAAAUAAUUUUUAAUGGA